AAUUUAUAGAAAUCCGCGAAAUGGAAGAUAAUAGUGAUGAGAUAAGUAUAGAUCUCUCGAAUAUAAGUUUGACAACAGAUUCUGAUAAUGAAAUUGAUUUCAAUUUUCCUUACGAAAAUCCAUACCCAGCUCAAAAAAGGUUGAUGAACUUUGUAUAUGAGCAACUGCUCAAAACCCAAACAAUGAUAGACAAGAACAAAGCGAUUGAGACUUGAAAAGUCCAUCUAGUAGAGAGCCCAACUGGCACAGGGAAGACACUGAGCUUGCUCUGCUCUAUUCUAACUUUCCUUUGAAAAGUCAGGAAUGAACAAGCUACUCAUGAAGAAACCAAAGAGAUUGAAGAAGAUGACUUUUUCAAAAAUUUGAGGAAGAAUAUUCAAAAAGCAGAACAAAAACAACUUGAGAAGAAGACUAAGGCCAGUAAGGAUGGAGACCAUGAAGAAAAAUAAGAAAAUUUUUGGAAUCCUCGAGAAUACCAGGAAGCUGAUCCAGGCUUCCACACAGAAGAGGCCUAAAGUUUCUCAACCAGAGACAACUCUUUCAAUAGAAGAGGACUUGUUUAUUAUUAAGGAUGAUACUUUUGGAUUUCAUCCUGAUGUAGAGGUAUCAAUUCCAAAUCUGAAGAAGGAGUCAGAACUUUUGGCUAAUUUACUGAAAUUUGACCAUUCGAAUAACUUUAGAGCUAAGAAGAGUAAAAAUAGCUCCAUCAGAGGCCCAAGUAGGAUCAUUUAUGCGUGCAGAACACAUUCUCAGAUUGCUCAAGUGAUAUCUGAGUUGAAUAAGAUUCCAAAUUUAAGUAAAGAUCUUUUGGUUGUUCCAAUAAGUUCAAGGAAGUUCACCUGAGCCAAUAAAGAAGUUUGUGGAGACUCUGAGAGCUCACUUUCAGCUGAACUAAUAAAUGAUAGAUGUAAAGACAAACUUGAAUGCAACAAGUGCCUUUACAACCAAAUUGGGCAGUACCAACCAGAAGCCUUAGCUAGCAAAAUUGCAGAGUCUACAACCAAAGAAACGCCAAAAGUGAUGGACAUAGAAGAUAUAGUUAAAGAAGGUAAAAGUUCUGUCUCUUGCCCUUAUUUUGCCAUUAAAUAUCUUACUGAAGAUGCUGACAUGGUGAUCCUUCCGUACCAAGCAAUUCCGCAUCUUGACAUUGUCAAAGACGCUGUGAUUCUAUUCGAUGAAGCUCAUAACAUAUUCGAUGCAUUCAAUCAGAUGAGCCAUUGUAGCUUAUCAAUGAAGGGGCCAUCAAGCUUUCAGGAAGUGAUUAUUUCAUUGAAAAGUUAUCUUGACAAAUAUCAUCGAAGACUUGCUCCGGAAACCCAAAAGAUUCUUCUUCAGUUGCUCUUAUUCACGAAUUCUAUCCUUCACUAUUUGAAAUCUCAGUUAGAGAAAGAAGUUCCAAAAAUUGGAAAAUUUGUAGAUAUCUCACAAGUUGUGUUAUACAUUACGACUCAUUGGCAAGAUUCAGUAGAAGAAGUUAGGAAGUACCUUCCUGACAUGCAAGAUUUAGAAUCUUUUCAAGAAAUUAUGGAUAAAGAUACAGAGCACAAUGCUGUUUUUCUUCCAAAUGUGACUAAUUGGAUACAAUUUUUAGAGAAAAAUGAUGUUAUUCGAAGGAUCAGCGGAUUUUAUCGAAAUCUUAAAGAGAAGCAAGCCAAGACCAGCAGCAAAAAGAUACCGAACAGAAUAGACAGGUCCUUACUUUAUACCUUUAAAGAUUUCUUAGCUAAAUUCAACCAACUUGAUGUAGAUGCCAGAUUUCUGCUUAAAACAUCUUCUUGAGCAGAAAUUCCAAACAUAGAAAUCUCCAAUUUUAAUUUGAACCAAUUCAGACCAUUCAGAGACAUAAUGAAGCAUGCUAGAGAUGUGAUCUUUGCCUCUGGGACUCUAAAGCCAAUCGAGGACUUCAAAACACUUCUGAACUUUUUCUCAAAAGAAAAGCCAUCAGAAGUUUCCCAUUUCAGCUGAGACCAUAUAAUCCCUCAAGCCAAUCUCAGGUGCGAAACCAUCUUAAAGUAUCCCAAAUCAGAGCCAGAAUUUAAUUUUUCUUUCAAAUCAAGAUUCAGUGAAACCCAGGUUUAUAACUUAGGUGUUUUCUUAAACGAUUUGCCUAAAAUCCUGCGGGAAACCCAACAAAACCCGAUUGAAAAUAAAGGAAUAGUUGUUUUCUUCCAGAGCUACAGCUUCAAGCAAUUUAUCAUAUCAAAAUUCACUGAAUUAGGUACUUUUGAGGCUAAAAUUGAUGACCAAAAAUUAGCCAUUUUUGAGGAAAAACCUGGUGAAAAUGUUGAAAAAUUAAUGGAAAGAUACACCAAGUGUGUUCAAGACCAAUCUCAGGAGAAGGACUCUAUCCUGUUCUGUGUUAUUGGGGGCAAACUUUCUGAAGGGAUAAAUUUUAGCGAUAAUUUAGCAAGAGCAAUUGUUGUAGUUGGCCUUCCCUACCCGAAUAGGAAUACUAUUGAGAUGCAGGACAAGUCUGAUUUUUAUGUAGAAGCAUGAUGUUGGAAAGCUAUAAAUCAGAGCAUUGGAAGAGGAAUUCGGCAUAUUGAUGAUUUUGCAAAUAUAUACUUAGUUGAUGAGAGAUUUAAAAAUAAGGAAACUCUGAAGAAAAAUUUACCAAAUUGGAUUUAUAAGUCAUUAUGAAUCUAAUGACUAAAAUAAACAAUAAAUUUUGGUUCCAUUCCUAAACAUGCGCUACUAAUUUCAAUAUGUUAAAU